GUGGCCUAUAUAAGCGUGGAGCGUUGCCUGUCACUGGAAGCACGUUUCAGAUCUGAGUUUCGGAGUAACUUGACAGUGUGCAGUGUUUAUACAACUUCAGAAUGCCUGAUCCUUGCUGUAACGAGAAAUGCGUUUGUGCCGAGGGUGGCUGUACGAAGAGCUGCAAGUGCACAAGUUGCAAAUGUGCCCCGUGUGAGAAAUGCUCGUCUGGGUGCGCGUGUCCCUCCAAGGAGGCGUGCGCGACGAGAUGCACGAAGCCAUGCAGCUGUUGCCCAUAGACGUGCGAUUCGACUGCUGGAUUCUGCAUGACCAAGCAACGGAAAUAUUUAUUCUUCUAUCUUGUUUCUCGUAUGAUAUGUCUGAUUUAUUGGAAUGUGUUUGAAUAAAUGAAUGGAUGUGAGGUGUUAUCGACAUUCCUGCCCCAUGUAUGUAUGUGAAGGAAAAGCGAGGAGGGAGAAAGAAAAUCGGAGGAAGGGAGAGGGAGGUCUUUGAAAUGUAUCGCAUUUAACAUCUUGAUAUUAUUCUGCAAUUCCUUUCAUUGGCAACCUCUUCACGUAUUUAUAUCUAGCUCUCUAAGUUGCUAUACUUUUUUUUUCUCUUCCUUAAGGUCAUCACUUAGGCUAGAUUUAUAAUGAAUUUAAGCCUGACCAAUCAAUAUCUGACUUUUCCUACGAAGUAUCUAGGAAAUCGGAAAAGGGAACAUCAAAACUGGAUGUAUAGAAUCCAGUUUUGAAGAUUCAAAGAAUGGAAUACAAUACUUCAUCUGACUUUUCAAACAGUAUAG